GGUUCAUUAGGUCUUUAUAUACAGGGACGUUUUUAACGUCGGUGCAAUGCACCAACAGGCUCAUCUUACUGCGAGCCCCCUAGUAAUAUAACAAAUAACAGACUUUAAGGUGUUUCUUCAAAAUAGUUUUAUAUAUGUAUAUAUUGUAUAUAGGAAAACUAUUUAAUUAUUGUAUUUUAAUAUGACAAUGAAUUAGAAAUGUUAUAGGUGAUCAUUACUAAGCCCCCCCCCCUUACGAAAAUUUCACCGACUACUUUGAAGUCUUAAAAACGCCCCUGGGUACAUACAAAUUUUCGGUUUUGAAUUUUGCGUUUUGAAAUUUUUGUGGACGCUUUUACAAUUAAGGGAAGCAUCUUUUCAUGUCCUAAUAUAACUACUCCAACUAGUUUUUAAUAUGUUGCCAGUUAGAGGUAGUUGCACUUGUUUGAUGGUGUAAGCCUUGUAAGAUGAUGUUCAGUUUAUGUUAGACCUAGAACUCUUUAGAACAAAACUUAGUUAUAUAAACGGGCUAAUCAGUAAAGCCUCGAGAAGAGUUAGAUGAGAUAAAUGAGUUAUUCCAGAAAAGAGAGUUGUGGUCGGUGUUUGCUAUCGCGGUAGAUUAUACAAAAGCUUCAGGCCAAGAAAUAACUUUUCAGAAUGACUUCACCUCCUUCAGAAUCAAAGCUAAUACCUUCUCGCAAGUAUGGCAUUUCAGCAUGGGUGGGAGAGAGAUUUGAAAAACUAGCUGGUAAAUCAAAUAUAGAAGAAUUGGGAACAUCACCACGUGGAGAGGAUUUUCUCAACAACUUAACCAGACCACAAGUUAUUGUUACUGAUGCAGGAAUGGAAGGAGCUCAAUCAAAACAAAAAUUGAUUUCAUCUGCAUCUUCUCCAGCACUUUUAAAUCUCAUCAGUUUGAAUGUGUCGAGAGAAUGCUCUCCAAAUGUAUCUCCAUCUUGCUCUCCUAAGGUGAUGCGUAAAACACUGGAAGAUAACUCACUCCAAGUUACUGCAGACUCAAAUCAUUUGGGAUGGGCUACUUCAGGUUUUUUCACACAUGGUAGAAAUACUGCUAAUUUCAAUGCCCCAUUAUCAUCAAUUAAAGAAGCUCCUGACGUGCCUUCACCCAUGACAGAAAAUAAACCUUAUUUAGGGAAUAAAGGUGAAACACGUAUGCGAAAGAUUUCGGCUCCUGCCAUGAGCCACCGUAAAUGUGCUUUUUCCAACUUUGAUAUGAAUGCUCUCAGUCCAACAUCUUGGUAAUGCACAAGUUAUUUCAAAAAAUGCUUGUCUAUUGUAUAUAGAAGUAAAAUUAAAAUUUACAUUAGUUGUUCAGUAGCUUUGUGUUACUUAGUACUUAUGAACUUCUUUUUACAGUAAGAAUAUUUUUAAAUGGGAAAAUAAGAUUUAUUUGGUGUGUAUCAUAAAGAACAUAUGCCUGAAAUGCUCUGAUUUAUUACAUUAAACUUUUCUAGCUGAGUUUAACUUAAAUCUGUUACAUAAAGCAGGCUCAGUAGAAAGGGUGGGUUGCAUAAGGGCCUGAAAUGCACUGUAUCAGAUUUGUAAAAACAUAGUGACAGAUUAGAUAUAUUAUUUAUAGUAUGCUCUUUCUUUCCCUAUACAUGCUGUAUCAAAGCACAGUGCACAACAGGACCUUUUGCUAUCUGUUACGGCUAAUAUAUUCAGACAAGAUUGAAACCAUAUUUUCUUUUCAUUAUUUUUAGAUCUAAGUCAUUUUAGGACCUUACAGAUGCCCACCCUGUUGAGAGCUAUUGAUACAAUGCAAGUUUAUUUUUAUUCAUUAAACUUCAUAUUUUGAUGCAAGUUAUUAAUAUUUCAAUACUUCAUGACUGUACAGUAAGGCAGUCCAAAAAUAUAAUUAUUUUGCAUGAUAUUUGCCUUUAUUCCCCUACCACUAACAAUGUUGGAAAAGAACUGGAUAGAUUCAUGUAUAUCUAGAGGUGGCACAACUUAUAACACUACAGUAUCAUUAUACGUUGGAAAGAAGGACAAAUGAAAUAGAUAUUAUUAUGGUUUUUAUUCAGUAACAAAAACAAAGCUGUAAAAUGACUAGUAAACUGAAUGAAAUUUUUGAUAGUGUCAAUCAUAUCUGAAUAGCAUAUAACUGUAAUAAUAAUAAGACAAUUUAUCAUAUCACUUAUGUCAUCAAAUUUUCUUUUAUGGGAGUUGGAAAUGUCUUUUGGUUAGAUUAAUCAUGCAAAGACAGUAUUGCGUUUGAUCUUUGCCCUUAACGAUAGAAGAGUUAAAUGUUUGAGUCAGAGCAAUACUUUUAUCUGUCCAGUCAUUCACAACUUUCAAGCCAGCAGCUGCAUUUCUUCAUAUUCUGUAAUCCCUUUCCAGUCUAUUGGGUCUUUCUCCAGGGAAGCCUGUGCUUUCUCUUUAAAUUUCAGAUGUUGAAAAUGUUAAGAGCCCUCUUUGUUACAUAAGAUUGUAAGGAGCCUUAAUAUUAAAGUUCUAGUAGAUAAAGGUUUUCUUUCUUCUCUGGAAUAUUGAGAUUCCUCACCAUUUUAUGUUUAGUAGUUAUCUGAACUCUGUCGUUCGAUAGAGACAAACCAACAAAGUCUUCUGAUAAAUACAAUAAGUGCUGUUUGAAGCCUUCCAUUGCAGCAUCAGCAACUGAACGAACUGGAUAUGCAGAUAACUUUAACAUCAUGCUGUCGAUAUAGAAGGUUCAUUCCAGAAGUGAGCAUAGACCACAGCUAAGAAGAGACAUGCUUGUGUUAAGUCCUUGAUUUCUUGGUCAGUCAGUUUGAACUGUUCUUGAAAGAGAAAUAUUUUGAUAGCAUAUAGGGCUUUAGCCAUCCAACAUGCAUGAUGAUAUGCUCUGGGAGCUCUGAAUGACACUUUAGAGGGAGCCUUGCCUACUAGACACACAAGUGAGAGCUUUAAUAGUUCUUCAUAACCAUCUGUGGGAUAUUUCAUUUGUAACAUCUUAUUCAAGUAAAACAAGUAGGUGAAUAUCUUCAUCAUCAUCAGCAGCCCUGAACAGGGAUUUGUCAAGUGAUGCCCAUUGUGCUUGGAAUCUUUUAAGUAGACCGAUUUCUGGUCCACUUGAUGUACCAAUAGUUCUAACAAAUACCAUCGAAAGCAUAAUUUCAAAUAUAUCUAGUGUCGGCAGGCAAUCCAAGCAAGAAUUCUUUCCAAAACUUGUUUGAUCAAUAUGCAAGCACCAUUCUUGAAUCAAGUAUUUGCAGUUGUAUUGAAACAAAUUCCUCAAAUGAUAUCUUGGAGCUUCCACUCUUGAAGGACACAAACAUCUGUUUGCUGCUUUCCUAUGCUACGAGUGAUUCUUGGCACUCCCCGGAGCAAUCUGAUCAAAUUUCUCUAUCCCUUAAAUGAUGUCAGGAACAAGCUUUACAUCCCAAUAAAGUAAUAAGGGGAUGAUAUGGGGAAAAGUUUCCUGCUGUCCUUUGGCAAUCUUUUCUUGAUUUGUACAAUUAGACCACAACCAAUUACAGUUGAAAAACUGUGUCACCUGGCAUGAUGCUGGAUUGCCACUUCUUAAAUCUAGAAAUUGCGUGGUACAUGACUCAAUGAUAUUAAAUUAUAAAAUAUUGUACAAACUUGCACCAUCCUUAAAUAUUGUUUUUAGUUCAAAAUUCAUGGGAAGCUCUCAUUUAUAUCUUUUAAUUUUUUUACCAUACAUGUGUGGACCACCCUACUGUACAGUUGCUUUUAUGAUGGAAAUGCAAGAAAAACUUGGGAAUGCACAUGAAAAUAUAUCAAAAUUAUUGUUGGUAUUAAAUACGUAAUGUAAUAGAAAAAAAAGGAACCGAGAAACAUGAAGUGUAGUUAGAAUGCAUAGAAACAUUUCUUGCAGUCCAUGUUUAAAGGUAAAAUUUACAAGAUAUCUAUAUUUUUAUAUGAUGUAUACAAUAUAUUCAUGAUUAAUAAAAUUUACAAUAGCUAUCAUA